UAACAAGGGGUGUAAAUUGUAAAUCGGUGCAAGAUAGCAGUUUUCAGCAUUUGUGAAAACAAAAAAUUUAUACUAGUAGCUUUUGAAAAAUGGCAAGUGUGGGAAGAAAUGUACUAGCUCCAUUGCUGUUUCUGAACUUGCUUAUGUAUUUGAUUGUUCUUGGUUUUGCUAGUUGGUGCCUCAAUAGGUUCAUCAAUGGCCAAACAUAUCACCCUAGUUUUGGAGGAAAUGGUGCUACCAUGUUCUUCUUGAUAUUUGCUAUAUUAGCUUCUGUUAUUGGUAUAGUGUCGAAAUUCAUAGGUGGAAAUCACAUCAGGGCAUGGAGAAGUGACAGUUUAGCAUCUGCUGGUGCAACAUCAAGCAUUGCUUGGGCUGUUACUGCUCUAGCAUUUGGGUUUGCUUGCAAGCAGAUACACAUAGGAGGACACAGAGGAUGGAGGCUGAAAAUGGUGGAAGCAUUCAUAAUCAUAUUGACAUUCACACAAUUGUUGUAUCUGUUGUUGAUCCAUGCAGGGCUGUACAAUAGCAGAUAUGGACCAGGUUAUCGUGAUACUGACUAUGGUGUUGGAGGAGGAGCUACUGGUGAUCCUAUGCACAAGGGUGCUCCUGUUGGUGGCACUCGUGUUUGAUUUGAUCUUCUUCAUUACAUCCAUGACUAUACUUGUUACCUAGUUUUUAAUUAAUAAUGUUUUAGUUUCUUAGUUGGGACUGUGUUCCUGUUUUUUCUUUUUUGGUAUGUUUUGGAUGGAGUAAUGCAUUUUGGGUUGUUUGUUGUAUGUAGACUGUUAUCACUUUGUAGCAUUGUAAUGUGUAUACCAAUGGCUGCAAUUGAUUUUAUGUAUUUGCUUAUUAA